CGCCGCGCGCACACAUGACUCCUGACUCUAGUGGUGGUGAACGCGGAAGAAACAUGGCUCUGCAGUUCAGCGAUGAGGAGUUUCAGAAGGCCUGGACCGAGCUGGACCAGCCGAUGCUCGACGGGGGCUGGGAGUUCUUCACUGAGACCAUGAACGUCAAAAUAUACAGACUUUACAACAAGGAAACGGGUUUGUACGAGUACAAAGUGUUCGGGUCUCUGGACGGCUGUUCUCCAGAUCUCCUCGCAGAUGUUUACAUGGAUCUCAACUACAGGAGACACUGGGACUCCUAUGCCAAAGAGCUGCACGAGAAAGACUACAGCGGGCAGAAAGCCAUAUACUGGGAGGUGAAAUAUCCAUUACCUCUGUCCAACAGGGAUUAUGUGUAUGUGCGUGAGCGCCGGGAUCUGGACGCGGGAGGACGGAAGAUCUGGGUGGUUUUAGCCAAGAGCUCGUGUGUGUCUCAGUGUGCGGAGAAGAGAGGCGUGAUCCGGGUCAAAGACUACAAACAGAGUCUGGCCAUGGAGAGCGACGGCUCCGGUGGGACCAAAGUGUUCAUGAACUACUUUGAUAAUCCUGGAGGAAUGAUCCCGACGUGGCUGGUGAACUGGGCAGCGAAGACGGGCGUCCCAGCCUUUCUCACCGACAUGAAGAAGGCCUGCGCCAACUACGCAAACUACUGCACCAACAACAAGUGAUCCUCUCAGUCUCCCGACACCGCUCCGGUUCUGUUUCACGUCAGCAGGGCAUUCUGGGUAGAGCUACUGAUGUUUAUACGGGGAUCGGAGGAAAUGAAUCAAAGGAUUUCAGGUUCCUGUUGAACUUUAGAAGAAAAUCAUGGAUAAUUUGAGUUUAGAAAAUCGGUUUUGAAUGUAAUACAGAUUCAUCAAAGCA